AGCGAGCUCAGUUCUGUGCGAGCACGCGUCCCGAUCGGAUCGAGCUGUUCGGGUUUGUCUCAAAUCCUUUUCGCGCCGUCCAACCACAGGCAGUAGACGUGUAGUGCAGACGAGCCUCUCUGGCGUAUCGAGCUCUAGCGGUUGAUCAUUCGUCGAUAGGGAAAAAAAAGAGCAUCUUAAUAAACUGUAACCAUGAGCAGCAGUCCACCGGGGGUGACGAACCCCAUGCUUUAUGAUGCAAUCCCCGAGGGUUCGGGGAGGACGACGAAGCGCAACCAAUUCAUCGCUGCUCUCGGAAUUUGUAUGGCGGCCGUUAGUGGCGGUACCGCGCUCGCCUGGACAUCGCCCGUCCUACCGCAGCUAACACCCGCGAACGAGAGCGAUACGAGUGCGUUCGAGGGCGAAAGAUUUCUUCUCACCAGCGAUGAAGGUACGUGGGUUGGAUCGUUCCUGGCCGUUGGCGCCUUCUUCGGAGCCCUUCCGGCCGGUUUUCUGGCAGAGAAAAUUGGUCGCAAGUACACGACGAUGUCGCUGGCUCUUCCCUAUCUCAUCAGCUGGGCACUGAUCGUCUUUGCUAGUAACGCAGGAAUGCUGUACGCAGGCCGGUUGAUCAUUGGUAUCGCCACCGGUGGCUCGUGUGUGGUCGCACCGAUGUUCAUCUCUGAGAUUGCGGAAACUUCGAUCCGUGGUGCACUCGGAGCAUUCUUCCAGCUGCAUCUCACCGUCGGCAUCCUGUUCAUCUACGCUGUGGGUUCGUACACGCACUGGGUUACACUUAGUACACUGUGUGCCAUCUUCCCGGUUCUACUGAUCGUGGCCAUGUUUAUCGUUCCCGAGAGCCCCGUUUAUUUGGUGAAGACGGGUCGCAGAAUUGAUGCUGGUGUCGCGCUGAAGUGGUUCUGGGGUCGUGAUGCGGAUACGCAAUCGGCUCUGCAGACAAUUCAGUCCGAUCUUGAUGCGGCUUCGGGCAAUGCCAAGCUAUCUGAUCUGUUCACGAACCCAACCAACCGCGCCGCCCUCUUCAUCUCGCUGCUGCUGAUGUUCUUCCAGCAGUUCUCCGGCAUCAACGCGGUCAUCUUCUAUACGGCACCGAUCUUUGAGUCGGCCGGCAGCACCAUGGAUCCCGCCAUCUGUUCGAUCGUGGUCGGUGUCGUGCAGGUUGUCAUGACGCUCGCCUCGUCCAUUCUGAUCGACAAAGCAGGCCGGCGGAUACUGUUGCUGCAGAGCAGCUUCAUCAUGGGCUCGUGUUUGGUUGUGCUCGGUAUCUACUUUAAGCUGCAGAACGAUAAGGUCGAUGUAUCGAACAUUGGGUGGCUUCCGCUGGCCUCGGUUGUGCUGUUCAUCAUCAGUUUUUCGCUCGGUUUCGGUCCUAUCCCGUGGAUGAUGAUGGGAGAGCUGUGCGCACCGGACAUCAAGGGUCUCGCAUCGGCGCUGGCCGUCAUGUUCAACUGGACUCUGGUGUUUCUCGUCACCAAGUCGUUCGGUAUCAUGCAGGAGCUGCUCGGUUCCGAUUGGACGUUCUGGUUCUUCGGUGCCUGGAUGGCCGUUUGUACGGUGUACGUGUUCAUCAAGGUGCCGGAAACCAAGGGCAAAACCAACGCACAAAUCCAAGCGAUCCUGUCCGGAAAGAAGUAAUCGUCCCGGUGCCAUCCCCCGUUUGCCCGUUGCUAGCAAGUGUGCGAAUGUAUCGUUGUACGCGUCUUGGUUCUUAUCUCUCGUACCGUCUCCACACAUUCACGUUUUAGGUUAACUUCGUUUUUUCUUUUGUUUUGUUCUAUAACGUGUUGUACAUAUGUUACUCCCUCCCUUCUUUGUCGUAGCUUUGUUUUUCGUAGCUUGGAGAGCAAAUCGUUUAGUGCAAGGGGUUAGGAAGGAGGUUUGUUAGUUUGCAAACCCAGAGAGGGCUACUACUAAUGGCAAUCCAAGGACUGAGAGCAACGUAUAAAAUAGGCAAUGAAACGUUAGUAGAAUGUUAAAUCAUCCUCAUAUACCAGGCAUCUUUGUAGGAAGUAAGCAGGCAUUAUGUAAGCAGGAGGAGGUUUCAAGGGAUAUAACCGCGCGUUACUAAAUUUUAAACGUUUUAGAGCAAACAUUGUUUAUUCCACCGCGGGUUGCGCUUUGCCACAAAAAGGCAAACAACUAUCGCAACCGAAGCACUUGAGGCACAUCAAGUGUCUACCGUACUCAUACUGCACUGAUGAGCUACAUGCUGUCGGCCACUGGCUGUCGAAGGAGUUGUACAUCUUCCGGUAAAACACUGCGUUCCAAGUGAUUGGGAUGUCACUUGGAUGGUUAAAAUGUACACCUCAGCUCUCCUCAAUACCGAUAACGAAAGUGCAAAUGCCGGUAUAAACCCAGCCAAACAAGAACCUCAUAUCAAUGAUCCCGAUUCGCAAUUCGCAGAAGGCAGGCGCAUCCACCAAUAAUCCAACCAAACCUCGUGGCCACAUUUCGUAUCAUCCAACGCUCGCCAAGCGCCAAGCGAGUUCCGUUCUUUUCCUUGAUUCGAAUUCAUUUCGGAAACAAAUACUGUCAGCAGCAGGAUAUUUCGUUCACCGUGCCAUAUCAAUGUCCGCAAAAUGGCAGUAGAGUAGCAAAAUAAAGUAAAUGUAUUCUCAGUGAUCCCUUUGGCUACCGCUUCCUUCGUUCGGCGAUAAUUAUGCGGCUUGUGGCUUACAAUCUAUGUCGCAACAUGGAAGAGCAUAUCUCCUGUACCAACAUAGCAUAAGCUUCUGAUUAUCUGCCUGCGGAAAUGUGUUAUGUGUAGCUUUAUAAACAUUCUUCAUCAACAUGGAACAUACCCUCCCACCAGACCGAAAUUUGCGAGGUGCGUGCAUAAAAUUCUGCGAGUAGAUGAUAAGAAAGAAAUCUAAUCACCGUCUGGUGGAACGGUGAUGCAAGCGCAUCAACCGAGAGAGACGGUAAAGCGCGAUAUUGUAAUUAAAGUGGAGAGAACCCAUUACUGUACGAUACAAAACUAACUAAUAAACUCGCCAUUUCACGGAGAUGGCUCAUGCA